CGGAGAGCUUCACCCAGGCUGAAAGCAAGCGAGCAACCAGCUCUCCCUCCGCCUUGCUCUGUUACUCCGGGAUAGCAAGUCUCCCCCACCAAGAACCCCCUCCCAGUUUACAGCCCACCUCCUGUCUGCCAAAUGAGCGAACACUGACCUACCCUUGCCUCUCGCUUUAUUCUGCUGUUGGUUCAGUUACAGAAUUCACAAGACUCUUCAAAGAAGAGAAAUUAAGAGGCGUCGACAGGGGAAAUAAUUAAUAUCGAGACACUGACAGUUUGUAGACUCCAGGAAGUGUCUGCUAAAGCAGACAGGCUGCCUCCCUGCCUACGGUUCCAAAGCAUUUCUAUCAAUUUCUUCCUGCUGGUGGGCUUGCAUUUGGGGCGAGGGAGAAUUCUCUGCAAUGGCCCGGGAAAACGAGGAGGAUAGUAUGUCCUGGAAAAAGCAAGCGGACGAUAUUAAGAAGGUUUUCGAAUUCAAGGAGAUUCUGGGAACUGGUGCCUUUUCCGAAGUCGUCAUGGCAAAGGAGAAAGCCACUGGCAAGAUGUUUGCCAUCAAGUGCAUCCCAAAGAAGGCCUUGAAAGGCAAGGAAAGCAGCAUUGAGAAUGAAAUCGCUGUUCUCAGAAGGAUAAAGCACGAAAACAUUGUUGCUUUGGAAGACAUCUACGAAAGCCCCAACCAUCUGUAUCUGGUGAUGCAGCUGGUGUCGGGGGGCGAGCUAUUUGACCGGAUUGUGGAGAAAGGGUUUUACACGGAGAAAGACGCCAGCACGUUGAUUCAACAGGUCUUGAAUGCUGUUCAGUAUCUGCACAAAAUGUGCAUCGUUCAUCGUGACUUGAAGCCAGAAAACCUCUUGUACUUCAGCCCUGAUGAAGAAUCCAAAAUAAUGAUCAGCGACUUUGGCUUGUCCAAGAUGGAAGGCUCGGGGGAUGUGAUGUCAACAGCCUGCGGCACUCCAGGCUAUGUUGCUCCGGAAGUUCUUGCCCAGAAACCCUACAGCAAAGCAGUCGACUGUUGGUCUAUUGGAGUCAUCUCUUACAUUCUGUUAUGUGGCUAUCCUCCGUUCUACGAUGAAAACGACUCCAGACUGUUUGAGCAGAUAUUGAAGGCAGAAUAUGAGUUUGACUGUCCUUACUGGGAUGACAUCUCAGACUCUGCUAAAGAUUUCAUAAAACGCCUGAUGGAAAAGGACCCGAACAAACGUUACACGUGUGAGCAAGCUUUGAGACAUCCGUGGAUCGCUGGUGACACUGCUCUGAACAAGAACAUCCACGAGUCAGUCAGCGCACAGAUCAGGAAGAACUUCGCCAAAAGCAAAUGGAGGCAAGCGUUUAACGCCACGGCUGUGAUACGUCACAUGAGGAGGCUGCACCUCGGCAGCAGUCAGGAAGGAUCAUCUCUGCACACGCAAGCCAACCGCAAUCCCGCCACCCCACUGCCAGACGUCACAUCUCGUAAAGAUUGUCUCUCUCCUUCCACUGCCUGCAGUAUAGCGUCUGCUGCAUCAUCUCCUUCUGUUAUAUCACUGGUAGGAUCAGAGCAGCGAGCAAGAUCUACUUCAGUAACCACAGUACACACUGGGAGCAAAUGACAAGUGGCUUUAACACAAAUAAGUAAUGGGAAACAACAUCACUGUGAUGCAUCCCAGAAUUCAAGCGAUCUCACCCUGCAUGUGCACUGAAGUCUAGAGGGAUCCCAGGGAGGAUUUAUAAAGGCCAUAUUUUAUACUGUAACUCUUAUACAAUACAUGUACCAUAAACUGCAUUGAAUCAUGUGCUGAUGGAUUUAACGGUAUCUGGUGCUGUGCAUAUGAGUCUCGCAAUGUUUCGUUCACCUUACCUAAAGUCAACAGUUAAUGUCGUUCUGUGGUAAUUGUACAAUGUUUUUCUCCAAAACAGCAGCAUUUCUCCUGGAUGUACGUUUUCCAAGGAAUGAGACGUUAGCUGGACUGCACAAGCCAUUUCUUAUCUCUUGUGUUCUUCUUGAUUCCUCUGUCUCUCCUGGGACUUCCGAAAAGUGCAGAACCCCUUCAGACUGUAAUAUUGUGCGGCUGAUAAACAGCAAUGCACUGACAGUCAAGAAACAGAAAUGCUGUGAUACAAACCUAUCGGGGUUUAAAAUGUUAUAUACUAAAACUAUUUCUUUGUCCUAAAGUGGACAAGGUCUUUUGACUAUUCAGGGCUAGAACAUAACAUCACCUUUGCUAAUUCCAGCUCUAGUGAAGUGUCUGGUUGUACAUAUAAGAAGUUAUCUUCAGUUAAUCGAGUUUAUAGAUUAUCUGCCAAUAUCCUACUGCAACAUUGCAAAUUUUUAAUCAUGUUUUUUAUGCUUUUGGUUAACAUUCAGUGCGACUCAGUCAGACUGAGGUAGAUGCAUCCUAAGCUAAUUCUAUACAUGUAUCUGAAAGUAAGGUACUGCGAUGGUUAGUUGUGCCUUUCUAAAAGACUUCUUGUUGGAAGGAAAAUCAGAAAUUCUUGCACCACUUUAAAAAAUAAACAUGGUUAUAUUGAAAUCAUUCCCCAAGGAGAGCAUCAUUCUGCUGAAUCCAAGUCUGCUUAAAUUAAUUGAUAUUUGAACAACAUUCAACAGUUCCAAGACAUUACCUGAACGAUGUGCCAGAACUCUUUGGUGCUGAAAUUUAUCUUUUAUACUGUGGUGGAUCUGGAACACGUUAAAAGCUGUUUUAGCAUUUUUUUUGGCCAUUGUCAAACAUGGUUAUCAGAUGACAUCAGAGCUGAGGGCUGUGAGGCUACAUAUUUCUCCAAACAGUUUAUCUUAAGGGAAUAUGGACAAGCGGUUAAUAAUUUUGCAAAAAGGAAGAUAGCAAGUUACAGCAUCAGAAGGGCUCCCGGUGGAUUCGAAAGAGAAACACUCCUGUUUCUACUGUUAAGUGUAGUUAGCUCAUAAAUCAUAUUGUCAAAAUACUUCGCUGUUACAAUAUUAACGUUUAGUAUUUUCUUUAGAUUGGCCCAGGAGAGGUUAAAGCAAUCUUUAUUGACAUAUCGGAUGUGUUGGUCAUAAUCUUUUCCCUGCAAGAUUGAUAGGAGGGUUACCACUGGCAUUGAGUUAUUUUUAGCAUUUUAUUCUAGGUUUGUUUUACUUUGCCAGGAGAUCAGAAUCAGAUUUAUUAUCACUGAAUUAUACGUCAUGAAAUGUGUUUUGCGGCAGCAGUACAGUGCAAAGACAUAAAAUUACUUUAAAUUACACAAUAAAUAAAUAAUGCAAAAACGUAGGGAUAACGAGGUAGUGUUCAUGGGUUCACGGACAAUUCAGAAAUCUGAUGGCGGAGGGGAAGAAGCUGUUUCUGACUCGUUGAAUGUGGGUCUUCAGGCUCCUGUACCUCCUCCCCGAUGGUAGUAAGGAGAAGAGGGCAUGUCCUGGGUGGUGAGGGUCCUCAGUGAUGGAUGCCGCCUUCUUGAGGCACCACCUCUUGAGGAUAUCCUCGAUGGUGGGGAGGGUUGUGCCUGUGAUGGAGCUGGCUGAGUCUACAUUCCUCUGCAGCCUCUUGUGAUCCUAUGCAUUGAAGCCUCCAUACCAGGCUGAAUGCUGUCCACUGUACAUCUAUAGAAAUUUGCAAGAGUCUUUGGUGACUCACCAGAUCUCCUCAAACUCCUAAUGAUGUAGAUCCAUUCUUAGUGAUUGCAUCAAUGUGUUGGGCCCAGGAUAGAUCCUCUGAGAUGUUGACGCCAUGGUUGGUGAGAUUUUACGUUAGUUUAUCACUUUGUUUGUUCAGCAUAUUACUUAUCAGUGGGGAUAAGUUCCAGAUGAUCACUCUGAACCGGAAGGCCUGUGUUUUGAGACAGUGGCCAAUGCUAGUUAGUGCAGGUGGUGCCAGCAAACCAGAGAAGAAAUUCAGCUCAUGGGUCAGUUGCAUAACCAGCCCACCCCUGAAGGGAAAAUUGCCUUUGACAAACUUCUUGUUGAGGACAUAAGACAUGGGAUAGAGAAGGGAUAACUAGUGGAUGCGGUUUAUCUGGAUUUAUAAGAAGCCACACGAGAGUUCCUUUUACAAGAUUAGGGCUCGUGGAUUGGGACAUGGACUGCCAAUUAGUUAAUGCACUGAGGGCAAAGAGGUAGCAACAAACAGUUUUGGUGGAAGAGAGAGUUUGAUUCAGAUAUAAAAUUAAAGCCCAACCUCAAACCCAACUCAACCACAGCCAAUCCCAAUCAGACCCAAGCCCGAGGAAUAACAACUCCUUCCACACCUAACCUGGAGAUGAGAGAGCCGGAUAGAAGGCUUGCUCUGUUACACAGACCUUACUGUUGAUCAGGGACAUAGGAACAGGUGCAGUAACACUAAGCAAACCAUCCUACAGAACCAGACUGGCAUGGACAAACCUAAACCCCAAAGUUUUAUUGGAAUGUACACCCAGCCUGGCAGAUAUAGUUGGGUCCUGUCAGAUAGCCUGGCUCCAGUUGUCAGGGAGACCAUGAAGAUCAGUCCUAAACCUCAGCUUUUUACAAUCUAUAUCAAUGAAGUUGAUGAAGGGGCCAACAUAAUGUCCCAAAAGUUACUGGGAGCACAAUGAGAGCAGGGAAAGUGAGGAGGACACAAAGAGAUGUGGGUUCGGUGAGUGGCAGAGACAUGUGGUUGGAAUGUAACAGGGGAGUUGUGAGCUUAUCCAUUGUGCUGAGAAGAGCAGGCAAACAGAAUGCUUUGAAUCCCCUCUGAAUCCCACCCCCCCCCCCCCCGCCGCUCUCUGAUGCAGAGUGGUCUGUCCUCAGCAGAAGCUUCACCUUUGUACCCCUGCACCCACACCUCAACGACCUCCGCCCCCGCCAUGACACCGAGCUCUUCUUCCAUCGCCACUGCGUCCCCGCCUCUUUCCCACUCGCCACUGAUGGCCCUUUCUCCCAUCUCAACAUCCCUCCCAACCCCCCCCCCCCCCCCAACUUCUUGGACACCCCAUUCCGACCUUUUGCCCUCUCUCGACUUCUUCACUUCCAACUGCCGACGUGAUAGCAACCAAGUCCAGGCGAAGGGUCUCGACCUGAAACGUCGACCGUCCAUUACCCUCCACAGAUGCUGCCCGACCCGCUGAGUUCCUCCAGCAUCUUGUGCGUUGUCCCGGAUUCCAGCAUCUGCAGUCUCCUGUGUCUCCAGAAUGUUUUGAUGAAGGGAGAUCAGGAAGUAUUGGAUCCAAAGGGAACUGGGUAUCCUGAUGCACAAAUCACUGAAAGCCAUUAUGCACAUAAAGAAACAAUUAGAAAAGCAAAUGAUUUGAGGGCCAUUAUUGCAAAAGAAUUGAAGUACAAGAGUAAAGCAAAAACAGGGACAUGGGUAGGAAAGGUUUAGAGGGAUAUGGGCCAAACACAGGAAAUGGGACUAGCUCAGUUAGCCAACUUGGUCAUCUUGGGCUGAAGGGCCUGUUUCUGUGCUGUAUGACUCUAUGAGAAAAUAGAUCGAAGAAGUUCUAGAAGGCAGCUCAGCACCACUUUCUCAAGGGCAGUUAAGGAUGGGCAAUUAAUGCUGUCUUGCCAGUGGCUUCCAUCUCACAAAAAAAUGAAUAAAAGGUGGGGUCCAGCUGCAGGGUCUUAGUGAGUGCAUGUCUGGAGUGCUGUACAGAUGUGGUCUUAUGUAAGGAAAGGGAGGGGACAGAGUCUGCAGGUAAGAAGUCAGGCAUUUAGGGUGAAAUGAGAAGAAACGUCUUCACACAGACGCCUGUGAAUCUUGGGAUUUCUCAGCCCAGCGGGCCAGAGGUGUCUGUUCAUCAGCUGUGUCCAAGUCUUUCAGAAUCCAGGGGUAACGGACUGGGUGCGAAAUAAGGAUUGACAUAUAGGAUCAGCCGUGGUCUUAGUGAAUGGUGGGGGAGGUGUGAGCAACUCACAGUAAAGGCUCAUUGUCACUGCUAACUGAAGCAGGAGUAGGCCCCUCCUGUCUGCUGUCCAAUUCCAUAAGAUCAUAACUGAUCUUUACCUCCACUAUAUCCCUUGAUUCCCUUAUAUCCAAAUCUCCAUUGAUCUCUAGCUUGUACAUAUUGGAUGACUGGGUCUUCAAGGCCCUGUGACAGAGAGUGCAGGGCUGUGAUAUCCAAGUGAGGAUGGGGAAGUGGAGAAGGCAGCCACUGAGCUGCUCUCCUACCACAAAACCAAUCGGAAAUGGUCCCAGAGCUACUCCCUCAUUAUCUAGAAAUAAAUUCCACUUCUUUGUUUGUGACAAGCUUCCCAACAUCAGUCCUCAGUGUGCACUUUAUUGUUGAGAGCAUGUUCCAUGUUUACAAUUGAGGCAUGUUGUGGAUACAUCCAUUUGUCCUCUUGUAUCCCUCUAAAAGGUCAGUUUCCUCAAAGGAUAUAAAGUCUACACAUGCAGAGAAUUAGCUUCAAGUCUCUUCUCUCCAAAGCCUGAAUGCCUUUUUUGUUUCUAUGAUGUCUGGACACAAUAGUUACAUGGGUUUGUCCAGAUCCCUUCACAAUUGGUAAUUGGUUUACUAUUGUCACAUGUACCGAGGUACAGUGAAAAACUUUGCAUGCCAUCCAUACAGAUCAUUUCAAAAUAUUAGUACAUCAAGGUAGUACAAAGGGAAAACAAUAACAGAAUGCAGAAUAUAGUGUUACAGUUACAGAGAAAGUGCAGUGCAGGCAGACAGUAAGGUGCAAUGGCCACGAUGAGGUAGAUUGUGAGGUCAUCUUUAAUGUACAAGAGUUUUGUUCAAGAGUCUUUUAACAGCGGGAUAGAAGCUGUCCUUGAGCCUGGUGGUACGUGCUUUCAGGCUUUUGUCUCUUCUGCCCGAUGGGAGGGGGUAGAAGAGAGGAUGACUGGGUUGGGUGGGGUCUUUGAUUAUGUCGGCUGCUUCCCCGAGGCAACAAGAAGUGUAGACAGAGUCGGUGGAGGGGAGGCUGGUUUGUGUGAUGGACUGGGCUGUGUCCCCGACUCUCUGCAAUUUCUUGCGGCCUUGGGCAGAGCAGUUAAUUGGUAUUGGUUUAUUAUUGUCACUUGUACUGAGGUACAGUGAAAAACUUGUCUUACCUACUGAUCGUACAGGUCAAUUCAUUACACAGUGCAGUUACAUUGAGUUAGUACAGAGUGCAUUAAUGUAGUACAGGUAAAAACAAUAACAGAGCAGAGUAAAGUUUGAGUGCUAUUGUACAAUAGAAGGGCCGAAUGGACUGUUUUCUGUGCUGUAGUGUUCUAUGGUUCUACUAUCCUGUUUGCUUUGUAGAUUGCUGCUUCACUGUGGCUGGGUACAUUGGGCACUGGGUCUUCCAAGACCAGCACACUCCAAUCUGCUGGUUACUUAAAUAUCAUUCAAGGAGAGCUGACAGCCCCCAUUUGCCCCCUUCCUGUACCCUGCACAGGACACCUGUCUGUACUGCAUUUAAUCAGCCAUAAUUCCAGAAAGAUAAGGUGUUUUUUUCUCACUUUUUAUAACUCUCCAACUCUCUCUUUAAUACAGCAGCCACCUCCCCAUCCCAGUGAAAUUGAGCAAUUGGUUAUAAUGAGAAUCCAACCUGAGCCUUAUUCUAGCCUGCUGCCUCCCAUAGCUUGACUCCAUGACUCAUGUCCUCAAGAGUCAAGGAAAUUGGGUCGGAGAAGGUCUUCUCCAACCUACCUCCCAUAAUCAUCUCACCCACCAUCUCCCCACUCCCGAACCCAGAUUGGGAGCAGAAAUUACACCUUCCAGCAAGUGUGCAUAUCAGUGUAAGCAGGAUAGUACACCUGUGUCAGCAGGGUGGUAUACCAGUGUCAGCAGAGUGGUAUACCAGCAUCAGCCGGGUGGUAUACCAGCAUCAGCCGGGUGGUAUACCAGUGUCAGCAGGAACAGGAUACCAGUAUCAGUGGGUCAGUGUACCAAUAUCACUAGUGUAGAUCUAUCUCUACCAUUCGUGUACCAGUGUCAGCAAAGUGUGUGUACCUUUAUCAGCAGUGUCAGUGUACAGUAUCAGCAAGAUGAGUGUACCAGUAUUAGCAGAUUGGGUGUGGCAGUCAUGGAGUCAUACAGCACGGAAACAGACUCUUCAGCCCAACUUGUCCAUGCUGACUGAACACCUGUCUAUCCUAAUCCCAUUUUCCUGAAUUUUGCCCACAUCCUUCCCUAUCUGUGUACCUGUCCAAAUGCUUUUUAAAUUUUGUAAUUGUACCCACCUCAACCACUUCCUCUGGCAGCUCGUUCCAUAUCCCCACCACCCUCUUGUGUGAAAAACUUGCCUCUCAGGUCCCCUUUAAAUCUUUCCCCUCUCACCUUAAACCUAUGUCCUCUAGUUUUAGAACCUCCCUACCCUGGGGAAAAGACUUUGACUAUCUACCGUAUUUAUACUCUUCAUAGUUGUAUAAACCUCUAUAAGGUCACCCUCAGCCUCCUGCCCUCCAAUGAGAACAAUCCCAGCCUGUCCAAUCUCUCCUUAUAACCACAGCCCUCCGUUCCAGGCAACAUCCUGGUGAAUCUCUUCUGUAUUCUUUCUAGCACCUACCACAUCCUUUCUGUAGUGUGGUGACCAGAACUGCACACAGUAUGUCUAGUGUGGCUUCACCAAUGUCUUGUACAGCUGAAACAAGAUGUCUCAAUUCUGAUACUCAAUGCCCCCGCCUAUGGAGGCAAGCUAGCUAAAGGCCUUCUUCACUACCCUAUCCACCUGUGUCACCAUUUUCAGGGAGCCAUGAGCUACACCAAUGCUUCUAAGGUCCCUCCCAUUUACUGUAUAAGUCCUGCCAGUAUUAGACAUCACCUCACACGUCUGGAUUUCCUUCCAUCUGCCACCGUUCCGCCCAACUUUCCGGCUGAUCUGUGCCCCUCUGUAUCCUUUGGCAACCAUCACCGCCACCUACAGCUCCACCAAUUCUUUGUGCCUUCGAUAGACUUAUCAGACCACAGACAUUCCCAUCCAAGUCAUGUGUGUGCGUGUGUGUGUGUGUAUAUAUAUAUAUGACAAACCACAAUGGUCCCAGCACUGAUCCCUGUGGUACACCACUAGUUACAGAUUUCUAGUCAGAAAAGUAUCCUUUCACUACAACCCUCUGCCUGCUAUUACCAAGCCAGUUUGCCAAAACACCUUGGAUCUCACAUGCCCUAAUUUUCUAGACCACCCUACCAUGCAGGACCUUGUCAAAAGCCUCACUGAAGUCCAUGUACACCAGGUCUACCACCUUGUCUUCAUUAUUUUUCUCAGUAACCUCCUCAAGAAACUCAAUCAGAUUCGUGAGGUAGGAUUUCCCCUGCACAAAACCAUGCUGAGUCCCCCUAAUCAGUCCCUGCCUUUCCAAGUGAUCAUUAAUCCUACCCCUAGGAAUCUUUUCCAAUAGUUUCCCUACAGCAGGGUAUGUGUACCAGUAUCAGUAAGGUCAGUGUUCCAGUAUCACCAGGGUGGGGGUACCAGUAUCAGCAGAAUGGGUGUACCAGUAUCCACAGAGUGGGUGUACCUCUAUCACCAGGGUGGGGGUACCAGUAUCAGCAGAAUGGGUGUACCAGUAUCCACAGAGUGGGUGUACCUCUAUCACCAGGGUGGGGGUACCAGUAUCAAGGGCAGGAGCAAGAUUCACCUGAAAUAAAUAUAACUGCAACAAUUUCAUGUCCAUGAAAUUUGGGAAAAAAUGCAGAUCUUCAUCAUUUUGUAUACCAGAAAAAUACACAUAACAAGUUUUUAUCAGUUUCCUUACAAUUUAAUAAAACAAGCAAUUAAUAAAAAGAAGGUAAAUCAGCUCUCACACAGAGAAAUCUCCUGGUAGAUUAACCUACUAGAGCAAUCAAUUAAUUAACUUCAUCCAAGGGCUUCAUUUUUUCAGGAGGGAGAAUAGAUUGAGUGGGUGGGACUGAGAUUAUCAGAAUAUGUUUUUCCUAAAGUAAACCUAUAGGUUCUAAUUUAUGAGCAUAGUAAUAGUUGAUUAUAAUGUGACUGCCUUGUUAAAUGCACCCUCAAGUCCCCUUAAGAUAACUUUCCUUGCAAUGGUUGAUGAUAAAAAGACUAAAUUAUCAGCACCAAAGUUUUUAUUAAUAUUUUGUUCAGUUGCAAAUGGACACACUCCGGUGAAGUGUCAACACCACUGCCAAAAAAGCCGAGUCCUAGAAAACAACUCGAAUUUCUUCCAUCCAAGAUCGUACACAGAAUUGACAACAUCACAUUUCAAGUGACUAUAGUAUCUGAUAUGGCUGGAGUCAACAGUGCACACUGUCAGUGCAUUAUGAGUUGCAAUUAAUUUGAGAACUGAUUCAGAUUUAACUGUGAAUCGAUGCCUGUGUGUAAAUGCAUGACUGCAUGAUUUGAUGAUAUCCAGGCAACCUACAGCCUAACCCCUUUUUUUAAACCACUGACUAUUUUUUAAACCUGUUAUUGGACUCCAGUGUUGGGAACUUAAAGCAGAAAAUGCUCGAAACACUCAGCGAGUCAGGCUGCAUCUGUGGAAAGAGAAGUAACAUUCUAAGUCAGAGAUUCUUCAUCCUGAAACAUGAACUGUUUCACUCUCUCCACAGAUGCUGCCUGACCGGCUGAGUGUUUCCAGCAUUGCCUGUUUUUAUUUCAGAUUUCCAGCACCUGCAGUUUUUUUUUGAUAAACAUCCAGUGUUGAGAAGAUGGUUUAACGGGUUCUGUAAAAAGCCCAAAUUAUAUUUUGCGUGACUAGCUGCUUGUGAAUUGCAGUGUUUGUUUACAUGAAGCUUGUGCUGGCUGAUGGUAGAAGCCACAGCCAAAUAACUCAGCAAGAGUUUCAAAAUAGGUCAGAAAUAUAACAGGGCAGAACAUUUGUGCAUGGAUGAAGUGGAGGAGUGCAUCUUCCUCCUUUACUCACACUUCAUAAGUGCCCAAGAGAAUCAACUGUGUGGAAAUCUUGCUUCCUCGGUGAGGGGAAGCUUGAAGCUUCAUUGGUGCCCACUCCUGCCCACUCUUGGAAUGGCUUUAUUAGCACCUUGGCAUCUGAAUGCUGGUCUCUUGACCUAGUGAAUGGCACAGAGGAAAAAUAUUUUUUAAAUAUUACAACCUUCCCAGUAAACUCUUGCUAAAUUGUGUGAAAAUUUGUAAGGUGUCCAAUUUGUAAAAACAGGGACACGCAUCAGACACCUUGCAGAUGAGUAAAAGCAGGUUUCCAUUAUCAAUACCAAUAACUAAAAACUAUCCCCUUGGAAAAUUAAAUGAAGGAAGAUUUAAUUACAAGCAUUCACCUUUCAUAAACUCUAAGGUUCGUGGCAUGUUUAAGGAGCUUCAAAAUAUACUCUUCAUAUCAGGAAUGUCUGUGUGGCAAAAUAUUACUGCAAAUUUUUUAGUCAAUAUGUUCCUUUUCACAUUUUGUUCAGUAAGUAUUGUAACAUGCAUGCAAUGAAUAGAUUGCGAGAGUUUACACUUUGUCUAAUACUUCUGGCAAUGGUACUGCAGAUUGAGAAUGGGGCUUAUAUAGUAACCAACUUGUCCAGGUCUCUGCCUUUGACAAUCAUGUAUACAUAAUUCCAAUUUCUAAUGUAUUGGGAAUUAUGAAAAUAAAUUGUU